ACCUCUCACAAUCGCAUGGCGCAUACUCUCCGGCUCUCCGCAGACCACCUGUUCGCGUACUUGAAUCACCUGAAAUCGUACUUCUACUUGUGACUUUAGAGCUUGAUCGUCUGCUUGCACACAACGAUGCAAUUUCAUGCUCAUUAGUGUGUGCAUCGCCUUUGUUUUGAUUUUCCGAUAAAUUAUUGUACUUAUCUCUUAUCAGUUCGAGUAUCUUCUACUUUUCAUACCAUUCAAAGCAUCCCAAGUUUAGUGCUUCUUACUAUUCUAAUUCAUCACUCUCUGUUGUAGGAGUGUACAUUUGUUGUUUUUUUUACUGAUUGAUUACCAUUUUACUAUAAACCUUUGAAUCUCUUUUAUGUGCACGAUGUCAGCAUUUCAGAAUGGUGCGUCGACGGAUAACAGUAUUGACCAAGCCAAAAAGAUUGAUCAAAUUCUGGAUUUGAUGCGAAUUUUCAAUGCAAGGCAGCUGAAUUUUGCCCAGAGAUUGAACCAGAUCAAUGCAACUGUUGACAACCUAAACAAACGACUUUUACUCGCAGAAUCGAAAACACGGUCAGAGGAGGAGGUUGUAAAACCUGCCAUUGCACCUGAGUCCCAAGAUUCACAAACAGAGGUGUUGAAAAAGGAGUCCAGCACUCAAACUUUAGCGCCAAAGCUCAAAUGUCAGUGUAAGAGUGAAACCAGUUCAUCAUCUGAGGAUAAAACAAACGAACUGAGAAUGAUGGGAGAACAAGCACAAUUUUCACCAGUAUCUAAUGUAGUAAAAACAACGUUGAGCAAUGAGGAAAUAUUUAUGGACCCUGAUGAUGAAGACAUAAUUUGUGCACUUCUUAAAUUGAACUCAGUCUUACCUGUAGAUGAUGUAGCCAAGGAAAUCAUAAUGUUGCCAAUGAUUACCAAAGAGAGGAGAAUUGCUAAACUUGUAGAUGAAAUCAUAAAAAUAGCCAUUGAUCAACCAAAAAGUUGUGCACUGUUAUGCAAAAAAUUAUCCCUAUCCCUGAAAAUGGACAGAGGGCACUAUCUAGAUGACUGUUACUUUAGAAGAAGACUACUCAAUGUCUGUCAGAAUCAGUUUGAUAAUGAAAUGAUGACUGAAAGAGUUGGCCCACCUGUUAUUCCACCGAAACAUCAGGAAUCUCAGAAAGAAAAAGGAAUAACUUCUCACCAGAAAUAUCUUAAUCAGUGUAAAAAGAAUGAAUUUAGACAUAAGCGGCGCCAGUUUUGCAGGUUUCUCGGGCAUCUUUUCAAUGAAGAUAUGUUAAAUGUCCCUGUAAUGCAUGGGGUUCUUAUCGGUUUAUUUCUUAAAGAAGAAAAUUCAUCCAUAGAAAUAGUGUGCGAUUUAAUAUUGUCUAUCGGUGAUCACUACUACAAGAGGAUGCAAGAUAAAAAUAAGCAUUCAUUACAGCCAAUCAUUAGCCGCCUGACCGAGCUAGAUACCGAGAAUUCCCAAGAUGAUUUUCCAAAACAAUUAGUAAGUCUUGUUUUGAAUAAUUGGGUCAUUGCAUAUUUAUGAUCAUAGAGUCCAUAGAAUGUGAUAUCACAGCCUUACUUCAUAAUUAUUUUUUGCAGGGGCUACUCCUUUUCCCCCCAUCCUUCCUUUUAUGUAUGCCUUGAUCUAGAUUUAAUGCAAAUCCAUAGCACAAAGAUUUUCUAUUGAUACGUUUUCAUAUCUGUGAACAACUUGCUAAAAAAGAAAUGUAUGCAUAGCUUUAUCAGAACUAAGGCUUCUUUCCCGGUGUUCAUUUUUCCGUGUGCCCUCCGAAGACUCAUUCUUACCUUCUUCAUACUUGUGAUUCAUCAAUAUCCUUCGAAAUGUUCAUAUUGUGUUAUCAUAUGAAUAAAUUGUACUUUCCAAUUGUUU